CCAGAGAGAAGGGGAGGAGAAGCCAUGAAAGACAUGCUGGCAAAAGAAAGACAAACCAAAGAACACAACAAAUCCUCGCGCGAAGAACAAGGAUCUUCUUCAACCCUUCUGCCUACGUUUCAGGGAAUUUUUUGUUGUUGGGGAUGAGCAGAAAAAGGUUAUAAUGGUGGGGUCAGAUCAAAAUUGAGCCAGAACAGAUAUGGACACAACGAGAAGGAGUUGGUUGCAGAAGCUUCAACCGCGGAAUUCUUCGAGCAAGGAGAGUGAUUCGAUGGGGGCAGGAACCGAAGAAUCUAAGCAGUUAUCUGCUGAAGAAGCUUCAAACAUUACAAAGCAGAAGGUGGCUGCUGCAAAGCAAUACAUAGAGAAUCAUUACAAGGAGAAAAUGAGAAUUUUGCAGGAGAGGAAGGAGCGUCGAAGCGUGCUUGAAAAGAAACUUGCUGAUGCGGAUGUUUCAGAAGAAGAUCAGAAUAAUCUUCUAAAAUAUUUAGAGAAGAAGGAGACAGAAUUUAUGAGGCUCCGGAGGAACAAAAUGGGAGCUGAUGACUUUGAGCUACUAACUAUGAUUGGGAAGGGUGCUUUUGGGGAGGUAAGAAUUUGCAAGGAAAGAACAACUGAUCAUGUGUAUGCAAUGAAGAAACUUAAGAAAUCAGAAAUGCUUCGCAGAGGACAGGUCGAACAUGUCAAGGCCGAAAGGAAUCUGCUUGCAGAGGUUGAUAGUAAUUGUAUAGUCAAGCUGUAUUGUUCCUUUCAAGAUGAAGAGUACUUAUACCUCAUCAUGGAAUAUUUGCCCGGUGGAGAUAUGAUGACUCUACUUAUGAGGAAAGAUAUUUUAACCGACGAUGAGGCGAGAUUUUAUGUUGCAGAGACUGUUUUGGCCAUUGAAUCCAUCCAUAAACACAACUAUAUUCACAGAGAUAUUAAACCGGAUAACCUCCUACUGGAUAGAUAUGGGCAUCUGAGACUGUCAGAUUUUGGGCUUUGUAAGCCAUUAGAUUGCAGUACUCUACAAGAGAAGGAUUUCUCCAUGGGAGAUAAUAGUGGUGAAGCUUCAAGGUCCGAUGAUCACUCUCAAGCUCCAAAACGCACUCAGCAGGAACAGUUACAGCAUUGGCAAAAGAACAGGAGGACACUCGCUUAUUCCACUGUGGGUACACCAGACUAUAUUGCUCCAGAGGUUUUGCUGAAGAAAGGCUAUGGGAUGGAAUGCGACUGGUGGUCUCUCGGAGCUAUCAUGUACGAAAUGCUUGUGGGAUAUCCACCUUUUUAUUCUGAUGAUCCCAUGUCAACCUGUAGGAAGAUAGUGAACUGGAGAGCACAUCUGAAGUUUCCAGAAGAAGCGAAACUGUCCCCUGAAGCCAAAGACCUAAUCAGCAAACUACUUUGUGAUGUAACCAAGAGGCUUGGAUCAAAUGGUGCUGGCGAAAUAAAGGCACAUCCUUGGUUUCGUGGAGUCGAUUGGAAUAGAAUAUAUCAUAUGGAAGCUGCUUUCAUACCUGAAGUCACGGGCGAGCUCGACACACAGAACUUUGAAAAGUUUGAGGAGUCUGAAAUCCAAGCUCACUCCUCAUCAAGGUCUGGGCAAUGGAGAAAGAUGUUGUCCUCUAAAGAUGUUAACUUUGUGGGGUACACCUACAAGAAUUUUGAGAUAGUGAAUGAUUAUCAAGUUCCUGGAAUGGCAGAACUCAAGAAAACUUCCAAACCAAAGAGGCCAACCAUCAAGUCACUCUUUGAUGGAGAGUCAGAAACAUCAUCAGAAACUCACAGCCAUCAGUCCUAUGAUAGUACUAGGAACCUGUCUUCUUCUCCUCGUUCUGAAGCCUCUGAUAAGCACGGCGAGCUUGCCUGAUCCGGCGGGCCCCAACAGCGAUGGGGGUGGGUACUUAUACUGGAGCGGGGUCGGGGUUAACGUAACUUUUCCAAAGCUUAGGAAAAGAUUUGAGUGUCAGAGCGUCUUCAAAUACCCCGACACAAACGUUUGGGGACAGAAAACGACACUUAUUUGAAGAAUCCGUGCAACACAUGCAGCAGCAACUAUUCACAUUUGUUACCCUAAUUUUGCCAUCACUUUUUUUUCUCCUUUCAAGAUUUUGUACAUUUGUGUCCAAGAAAAUAACACUGAGUUUGAAGUAAAGAUCAGAAAUAUUG